AUGGCUCACAUGCAUCUUUCAGUGCUUUUUUUGCUGGUUGCUUAUCUCGCUGGCACGCAAGCCUUGUAUUUUUACUUGGAAGGCUCCGAGAAAAAAUGCUUCAUUGAAGAUUUACCUAAAGAAACCAUGGUCAUUGGUAUUUACAAGUCAGAACAAUUUAAUGCUGCUCAAAAUCAAUGGAUUGAAAACAAGGAAUUAAAAAUUGAAAUUACUGUCGAGGAACUUCCUCAAGGUCACAAAACGUUCGAAACAAAGGGCGAGUCUUCAGGUCGCUUCACUUUUACAUCCACCGAUUCAGGCGAUCAUUCCAUCUGUCUUUCUGCUGCUACAAACGGUUGGUUCGAUAGUUCCAGAACUAGACUUACACUCGAUAUGGAUUUCGAUGACCCAACUGACCACCAUGACCAUAACGCCGAUGGUGUAUCUGGUACGUAA